AUGGGCAAAAAGUUAAGUAAAAACAAAGGUUUAUCAGCUAGCGAUGUACAACGUAGCAGUCAAAUAACUCAAUUACAACCAUUUGUUAUUCAACAAGUCUAUGAAGCAUUUAUGGAUCGAGCAGACAAAAAAGGGCGAAUGAAAAUUAAUACAUUCAAAAUGGUUUAUCUUGAAACAAAUCCAUGUGCGGAUGUGUACAAUUUAGAUAUGGCUGCAGAGCGUACGUUUUGUUUCGUUUUGUUUUCUUGUUUAUAG